AUGAGGCUGCCAGCCAGGACAGGUCGGCUGCUGCCUGCUGAGACCCUCCCGCCCCCCAACUUGGCCAUUUGGGUUCAGAGGCGGCCCUGCCCCCCGACUCCCCGCUCCCCGCGCGCGGGUCCGGCUGGCGUGACCCGGUUGGGUGCGCUUCUGGGGGCGCGCUGCCGGCGGCCGCGGGGGCCCGCGACUAAGGGUACCUCCCGGAGGCGGCGGGCGCGGGCGGGGCCCGGGGCGCGCGGCGCAGCUCUGGCAGAGAGCAAGGGUGUGCCUCAGGCCUGCCUGCAGGACCACCCAUCUUGGAGAAGGACACCCCAGAGGUGUCCAGCCCACCAGGCUUCACAUCCUUUCCACUUUUUAGGGCAGAACAGCUGUAUCCCCUUGAUUGACCCCUUUGCCAGCAAGAGCCUGGACAUUCCUACCUCCGUGCUGCCCCUCAUCUCGCUGCGCCGAGCUCUCAUGGUGGUCCUGCCACUGAGCCUCGUCCUCGCUGUGUGUGGCUGGGUCUGUGGCCUCCUUGGUUCCCUGGCCCAGAGCGUCCCUCUGCUGCUCUUCACUGGCUGCUACUACUUACUGGGGGGCCAGCCAGCCACCCAGUGCUCCCAGCUGCCAAGGCUGGCUGUCACUGACGGUGCCCUGACCCUGGCAGGGGUCAGCAUCAUCAGCUACUCACACCUGACCUUCACCGAGAUGGUCCACCAGUACGGCCUCCAGCGUGUGCAGGGCGUCCACAUCGGCUUCGGCUGGUCCACAGCCCUGGCCUGGGGCUCCUGCACCUCAGAGGCACUGAGCAGUGUCCUGCUCUCGGCAGCCCGAGCCCUCAGCCUGAGCCAACGGCCGGGUGCCUCCCACUCUGUGCUCAUCUGA